AUGAAUAUUUUGCGCUCGACUGGGAGCUUGUCCCGGGUUCUCCAGCUAUGCCACGGCCCUAGGACCUUGCCAUCGAUCCGGUGCCAGGCACGACCUCUUCCUCGUCGGAGAUUCCAUGCCGCCGCCUCACUGUGGGGUGUAAAGUCUCAGGUAUUGAAAGAUGUCGGUGAAGGGAUAACGGAGGUCCAAAUAAUCCAGUGGUACGUUGAGGAGGGAGCGUACAUUGAAGAGUGGAAGCCACUCUGUCAAUAUCAGUCAGAUAAAGCGGUUGAUGAUAUCACCUCGAGAUAUGAGGGCGUUGUUAAGAAGCUCCACUUUCAAGCAGACGACACUGUCCCGACGGGAAAGGCGCUCUGCGAUAUAGAAGUUGAGAACGGGAAAUAUCCGGAUGAUAACCCGCCACCGGUUCCAAAGACAGAACCGAUAGAACCAACACCGGCCAGGUCUCCUCCCACAGAAACUCAACCACCGCAACCCAUACAAACUGCUCCAUCUACACCAGUAAACGGCAUCACGAAUAACGGGCCAAAAUCGCGGCAUGCAACACUCGCUACCCCGGCGGUUCGCGGAAUGCUGAAAAUUCACAAUGUGAACAUUGAAGAUGUACAAGGAACAGGCAAGGAUGGGCGCGUCCUCAAGGAAGAUGUCCAGCGCUUUAUCGCCGAGCGGGAUCAAGCACCUUCAGCACAGCUUACUGCCCCGGGGGUGCAAGAAGAGACCGCUGUCAAACUCACACCAAUCCAAAGUCAGAUGUUUAAGAACAUGACGAACUCCCUCAGCAUCCCGCAAUUCCUCUACGCCGACGAACUCAACGUUAAUAACGUAAUGGCUAUUAGAAAGAGGCUGGCCAACGACCCCAAAGACCCUAAAAAGAUCAGUCUGCUCUCUUUCGUCAUCAAGGCCAUGUCCCUCGCUUUAAAUGACUACCCGCUUCUCAACGCGAAGAUCGAUACCACUGAUCCCGCCAAACCACAGUUGAUCAUGCGAGCAAAACACAACAUCGGUGUCGCCAUGGACACCCCUCAGGGCUUGCUAGUCCCCAACAUCAAGGACGUGGGCAAUUUAUCGAUUCUAGAUAUUGCCGCUGAAAUCCUACGCUUGAACGCACUCGCAAAAGAAAGAAAGCUCACACCCGCAGACCUCAGCGGUGGCACAAUCACUGCUUCCAAUAUCGGGAACAUUGGAGGUACAUACGUCGCGCCAGUAGUCAUACCAAAUGAGAUGGCCAUCCUCGGCAUUGGCAAGUCCCGAACAGUGCCCAUCUUUGAUGAAGCUGGUCAGGUUACGAAAGGCGAGCUCGUGAACUUUAGCUGGAGUGCCGACCACCGAGUGGUGGAUGGCGCCACGAUGGCCCGGAUGGCUAAUCGGGUUCGGGAACUCGUUGAGUCGCCGGAGCAGAUGCUGUUGAAUUUGCGAUAG